AUGUUUCGUGCUAGUCUGUUGUCCGUCUCGCGCCCGCUUGUGCGCUCGACUUUAACACAUCCUGCACCAUCGCCGGGGACAUUCGGCGUGCGCUCCUUUAGCAACGUCAGCACGAAUGUCCUCCAGACACUGUCGAAACGAUCGUCGGCGUUCGCUCCUUCUUUCCGCCAGACAUGUCGAACGUUCAUAACGGACUCGGCCCCUGUGGUCGCUCGACCAGCUCAACAAGACGCAUGGAAGCGUUUCGCUAUCAGUGCUGGCGCGAUUGCGGGCACCAUCGUGGUUGUCAACGGGUUCUUCAAUCGUGACACUCGCGAUGCCUUGUCCGAAGUAGAGCGGAGCUAUUUAAAUGACAGCUUCAAGUACACGGGUGGCGGCUUGGUUUUGACAGCUCUUGCAGCCCGAUCAAUGUUUAGGUCCGGUAUGGCUUUCAGAAUCAUGUCAGCGAAUCCUUGGCUGGUUCUGGGUGUCAGCUUGGUCGGCAGUAUCGGGACCAUGAUGGGCACCAUAUACACACCGCCUUCUCAGCCAGUCCUCAAGCAUGCAAUGUGGCUCGGUUUCAACGCUUUCCAAGCUGCGACCCUUAGCCCCCUGUUCUUCCUCAGCCCAGCCAUCUUAUCUCGCGCAGCCCUCUAUACUUGCGGCAUUGUGGGCAGUCUGAGUUACAUCGGUGCAACCGCCACGACGGACAAGUACCUUUAUAUGGGCGGACCUCUGCUUGCCGGCGUUACUGUCGUUGCUCUGAGCUCACUGGCGCCGAUGGCACUCCCUCUCGGAAUGCGCGGUCUGGCCAUCAGUGAGGCUAUCUCCCUGUACGGUGGAUUGGCUGUCUUCAGCGGUUUUGUGCUCUUCGACACGCAAAAGAUCUUGAAGAAUGCACGGUUGGCUCAACAAGGUGUCGUGCCCCGCGACCCCUUGCGGGAAUCUAUUAGCCUCGAGUUGGACAUGAUCAACAUCUUUGUUCGCUUGGUACAGAUCCUUACCAUGCAGCAGAGCAGGAGGAAGUAG